AAUGACUCUCAUUCUGAACUCUUGACACACACACACACACAGAGAGAGAGAGAUAUCUGAGCAUGUGUGUUCAGUACUCCACAGCGUUUUGUCCCCCACAUAUUGUACAUUCACAGAGCUAUCGUUUCUAUACUUCCAGGUCCAAGUCAUCCAAUCCCACUGCUUUAAUUAUGCACACUCAGAAGGCCCCCCUGUCUGAGGUUUGGGUCCAGCUGAUGCUGCUCAUUGGCUUUAUUGGUUAAGUUUUGUAUGCUGUUGGCAUCCUUGUUACCCUGCCUGUCUGGUGUGAUCGCAUAAUUAGGAGGGGCUGCUGCUUCUUGGAGAUGCCAGAGUGUGAAACUGGAGCGUAAAAAUGGAGAACAUCAAGCCAGUGAAGGAGGUCCUCCCCCUGCCUCGCCACCCCACUCCACUUCCUGUGACUUCCACCUCUGUAACUCCUGCUGCCUCUGUAACCCUGCACACUUCAGGGUCCAUCCAGCAUGUUCACUUGGCCUCUUCAGUGGUGUCGUCCUUCAAUCACCUGAGGCCUCCAGAGAGGGACCUCACGCCGAUGUCUCAGAUGAAGCCUAUUAAAUCGCUGAAGCAUGCCGGCUUAACUGCAGUCUUCACCGGGCAAGCUUGGAUUGACUGUGAGGAGGCGCGGGAGGAGGUACCAAGUGUCAACAUAAUCUUGGCUGACAUCGACUCCCUGGUGCCAACCCACGAUGAAACUGGAUGCCCCAUACCAGAAUGGAAACGGCAGGUGAUGGUGCGACAGCUGCAGGUCAGGAUGCAAGAUGAAGAGGUGGAGGGGACACAGGAUACAUUGAAUGGGUACAUGCCACUGGAUUCCUGGAAGUACUCCCAGACGCACAAUGCCAUCUUAGGGCCAUUUGGUGAGCUCUUAACAGAGGAAGACCUGGUUUUCUUGCAGCAGCAGAUUGAGUCUGUUUCUCUACAGAAACGCUUCCAGGCCUAUGAGUUGGAGUUGACCAGGUUAACUGAGGAGUUAAAGUCAAUCUUACCUGAUCCUGUUGUCAAUAUUUCCCUCAACAAGAAGGUUCUACAAAGAAUGGACUCUGAGGGAAAAAUGCAUGUGACUCUACCUAUCUGGUGUGAUCGUGUCUCAGAGAUUGUUAAGAACAUGUCCCUGCUGGUGGCUAAUCUGACUGAAACACAAGGAAAAGAAAGUGAGUGGGGGAUGGUGGGAGGAAUGGUUAAGGGGAUGAAAAGUCUGCAGGAAAAUAGAGUUGCCUCUGAAAUUGAUUUGGACUCAGGAUUGAUGCAGGAGAGCAAAGAGAAGGUGCGUACACCUGUGGGGACAUCUAGCGGAUGUAGUAUACCCCAUAUUGGGAUGGCAUCUGCUUUCAGCCAUCAUUUGGAGAGCAGCAGCUGCAGUAGAGAACAGAGAGAGAAGGUGAAGAGGGAGAUCCAGGAGUCUGGGGUGUCAGUAAAAAAUCUUAGGUCCAACUUUGAAGGUCAGAUUGGAAGCAUUUAUCCCUUCGCUGGGGUUGUUCAUGGAGCACAGCGGCUGAAGAGUAAGAACUGGGUUGGACCAUCAGCAGGAAACAACGAUGAUGUCAACAAACUUCUUAGUCACGGUCCCUCUGAAACAUGUGAAGCUUUGAUGGAAACCACCAGCUUAAGAAAAGAGCGGAUUGUGGUGUUAUUUUUGAGCCACUGGAAGAAGUCUGCGUAUGCCAUCUCAAUGAGAGCAGCAAGGCAGAGACAAGACAACUUUGCAGAUUCAGGACAAGUGACUACAGCACAGCCCAAACACAAAACUCACUCUAUGUUCCGGUUCUGCCAACAACGAGGUGCUGUGGACAAAAUGUUGAAUUCCUGGAAGAAUAAACUAGAGUUAAAAUAUGCUCCUAAAUCCAAUUUUUCCUCCUCACAAAAUCCACAUUACUCCCAUGUCACCUACUCCCCAGAGCAGUUCCUGCCAGAAGAGGAUGGAGUCGCAAUGAGCCACGACAGAUUGACCCUUGAUCUCUUCAUGCUGGGUUACUUCCACAUCUUAGAACAAGACCUGUCCGCAGAGGAGAGGAAGAUGAGGCAUCUCCUCUGCUUUGAGGUUUUUGACCAUGUCAGCUAUUUCCCCUGGGAGAAGGUGCGGGACUUUCACAAAGCUGUUCUUCAGGAAAUUCAGGCUGGGAAGCGACAGUGGAGUGACGGUUUUGAGGACCUCAAAAUUCGAUUCUUCGGUGAAUCAACACCAUGCCGCUGCCCAUCAUCAAUACUGCAAGACUCCAAACCUGUGCCCAAAGUUAUUGUGCAAAAUGCAACACCAGAAGAGAGCGGCAGUGACGCAGACUGUUCCUAUUUCAAAAAUGAAGAUAUAUGUAAAUAUAUCGAUCGCAGUUUUGCUUUCUGGAAAGAGAAGGAGGCAGAGCUGUUUGACUUUGAACAGUGAGCUUAAAUUUUGUUUGUUUUUUGACAAAAUGAUGUUGUGCUUGUUUUAAAAAAGUGAUGAAUCCUAAAUUAAACACUGAGAUUGCA